AUGGCGACAACAAACCCUUUCGCUCACUAUGCCGGCAUGCAAAACUCCUUCUUGAACAACCAACUUCAACAAUUGCCACGAGAACUCUACGACGACAUCAUGGACCGCGCCGAUGAUUUCAAACCAGUCAAGACCGCCCCGAUCCCAUUGGAUCCCUCGAAAGAUGCCUCGAUCGCACCCAGUGAUGGCUCGUCUCCGUUCCUCAACCUCCCUUGCGAGUUGCGCCGCGCAAUCUUUAGCCAUCUUCUACCAGAAAAGGGCAAGAUUAUCGAGCCCAGUCAAGCAUCUACCGGCGUCGAAGCAGAAGCACAGGUACCUACUCGCACUAUUUCCGCCGCCGCACCUAUGGUAGUCUUCGGUACUAAUCCUGUGGCUGCCCUCCAACAAGGACCGCCACCUCCAGUACCUUGGACAGCCGUUCCAGCAUGGACACAACAACCCGCAUUUGCAGCAUUCGCACCUCUACCCUCAGCAACAUGGUUCGUGACUCCGACAAUCGCGCACCCCACCACGAGUCCUGCUAAGAUCAGUCGCGUUGAGCAAAAGCCUCACUUGUCUUUGCACGAUGCACUGGUUCUGAACAAACAGAUUGCGAGUGAGAUCCUCGUCAUGCUGUACGAUGAACGCACCUUUGCCAUCAACGUCCAUGAAGGCAUCUUCGAUGGCGGCGUCGAGUUCUUGAAUUCGGGACUUCAGCGUCUUCAGUACCGUGAGCACUUCACUCAGGUCCGCUUCAAGCGCUUUGAAAGUCCCAAUGACCCUUUCGGCUUCUCGCGCAUCAAGAGGCUUCUCAUCAGAGUUUAUCCUGCGAAGGAGGGAGUCUCGGAGCACCAGGCCAGUCGUCACGAUGCCAUGCACACCCACUUUAUGCUUCGUGCGCUUGUCAAGCUCUUGAAGAAGGACGAUAGAUUCGGUCUCAACUGUCUGCGCAUUCGCUUUGUCGAGCCUCAGCAUACUUCAUGGCGUCCUCACCCAUGGCAAAACGCUGCAAACUCCUUUCCUCGCUGCACUUCUAUCCACGGUGUUCCCAACAUCGAGGUCAUCCUGCGCGCCCUGAUCGAAUUGCGUCAAGUCCAGACCGCUAUCUGUGAACUCCCUGUAGGCCUUUACAGAGAUAAGGGUCUGAAGGACUUUGUCGACCGCAUACAAGGUGUUGUUACCGGUAAACUUAGUCCUGUCGCUAUGGAUGAUGAGCUCACCUCCAAGAUCGAAGGCGCAAGAGACAUGCUUGAUGAUUGGAUCCAUGCCGUCUUGUUCGCAACCAAGACCUCCAAGGAUAUGUCAUCCUCACUCGAAGACUCGGAUUUUCACAAUGUACAGAACGUUAACUACGUCGACUACUACCCUGACGAGGACGACUACUUUGAGUUACCUGAACGUCGUCUCGCUGAAGAAGUCGACACUAGAGAGAGUAACCCUGUACUUAACGACUUAUACGAGGAGCAUAUCACCAGCAAUGAAGACCUAAAGGACAACGGCAAGGGCAAACAGGAGUAUGAUGAUGAUUAUGAUGGUGAUGACGAUGAGACCCAAGGCGGUUCCAGCUUCUCUAGAGCCGCUACUCAAUUCCUCAACCGCCACUCAAGACGUAGCUCGCUUUUGAGCUCUUCUGGAUCUAGCGGAGGUGCCUCGUUACUUGGCAUGGUAUCACUCGAGGACGACGAUCUCGCCCGAGCUGUCAUCCAUCGCGGUAUCUCUAACGGUACGCGCAGAACUCGUCAAGUUGGUCUUAACAGCACCGAACGUGCCAAGUUGCAACCAGUGCGCCCGUCAGAGAGAAAGGAGAGACUUGACACGGAGAGAGUGGAUAGGAUGCUUCGCCGUCGUGCUAGACUAGAGGUUAUCACCAUCAGCAGUGACUACGAGGACGAUCGCCCUCCACCCUCGUCCAGACCUAUUCCAAGAUCUGCACCCCUCCCCAGUAUCUCAUAUGGCUUCCUCCCUGACGCUCAAACAUCGACACCCAUCAACUCAACUGCUUCCUUCCAAGCCGACGAAACCACACCCAGAACUUAUAUGUUUAGGGAUGACCAGUGUCUGCCUACAUUCCUGCUUCAUCUAGCCAUGAGAGAAAUAUCUUGA